UGCCCACCCUAGAGAGGCUUGGAUUCAUCCACUCGUAUGUUGUUUUGUAAACAUGCUGAACCACUUAACUCAAAUGGCCACUAAGCUAUGGGAUUCAUCUCCUUUAUCUACAUGAAUGUGACAUGCGAAGGGGUUGUUUGGGGUUGCUGUACGGGAGGGAUGCCCCUCAAACAAAAAAGUUAGCUAUUUAUCUUACAGCGUUAGUACAUUUUUUUAUAUUUUAAUAUUCUCACAUUUCGCAGUGUCUGUUACUGUGGUUGCCUUUCGAAGAGAAUGUUUACCUAGUAUUGACCACUUGCUUUGGACGCCGAACUUUAGAACGUCCGUCUGCAUGCUAGUCGUGUGGACGAGUCUAGAGGAGCACUGAGCGUUCUUGUCGAGAGCUUGAUCGAGAAAGGUUUGGUAUUUACCCUGUGCGGUUUCAACGACCUGUAGCAUUUCGCUGCACGUUAAUUGUUCUUGGGCGUUGGCCGUUACGAAGGAGAUUAUUUGGAAAGAAUGGGAACUCGGCUUAGGAAUAAAGGAACUGUUUCUCUGUAAAUAAUAUUGUAAAGAUCCUCUGUUACCAUCUGACAAUAAAUAAACCCUUCCCUUCACGCUCUCUCUCUGGGAGGGAGGGUGCGUUAAGAGAACUUCGCUCCUAGCAACUAGUGAAGCGAUUCAAAAAUGCGUCUGAACGGUAUCCCCCACCCCCCUCUACCUAACAAUAAUGUACACACUGGUGGCACCAAGCACACCCCCGCUGCAAGCCGCUGCUUUUGUACGGCAGAUCGAAGUGAUCGGGGCAGAAAGGCGACAGUUCUCAAUACUCGCAAAAAAAAAAAAAAAAAAAAAACCCUCGUCACCCCUCCAUACCUCACUCAUCUCGUUUCUGUUUUCAACACAACCCGACAAGAGGGACACAAAGGUUGCACCCUUUGCGACCAGACAACAGAACAAAGGACACAAGAAGAGUGUCUCCGAUAAACCAGCUGUAAUGGAAAAGAACAAAUAUGGCCGGACGUAACUUUUGGUUGGGUCUUCUCUUUGUGAUCGCCCUUUGGCCGUCCCUGCUUUAUGGAGAGCAUUCCCGAAGACCAGAGAAUUCUGUGGCCGGUAGCGUGUGCCCUAGUGGAUUCUAUGGCAACAACUGCCGACAUCGCUGUCACUGCAAGACGAAUGAUACGGCGUGCGUUGACGUCACGGGUUACUGCACCAACGGCUGCAUAGACCGCUGGUCAGGACCCACGUGCCAAUCAGAAAACGUUGCGUUCCGGAUGCCGUCAAAGAUCCGAACUGUAACGCCACCUACAAGUGCGGACUAUGCGGUGGACGGAAACGUCAGCACUUGUGCCCAUUCUACCCCGAAUUCGACGGGUUGGUUUCAGGUGGACCUACAAACAACUGUCACUGUGUACCGCAUCUAUCUCGUCACAGAGAACCUCACGUCCACCCGUGGAUGGAAAGUUUUCGUCACAGACUAUGAAGACUUCUUCUGGGCCGCGCCUUGCACUACCAUACGUCUGCGCGGAUCGCACGUGCAUUUAACGUGCGACUCACCUGUCACUGGGAAGUACCUGGCCCUGCUCAACACGAAAGGACCUUUGGCAGUUUGCGAAGUACAGGUGAACGUAUGCGCCAACUACAGUUUUGGAGUGGACUGUGAGUUGAUCUGUAGAUGUGCUGACUCCAAGGAAGUGUGCCAUCCUCUGACAGGCCACUGCAUCACGGGCUGUGAGGCCGGCCACAGGGGGCGUGACUGUCAGUCCGUAUGCGUCAACAGCUACGGCCGCAACUGUGCCACACCUUGCGGCCAUUGCGCUGGCGGUCAAAGCUGCGACCCCGUCAACGGCCGCUGCACUGGAGGAGGUUGUGAGGCGGGGUGGACAGGAGAUAACUGCAACAUCAGCUGUCCGAGAGGCUAUUAUGGUCAUGCGUGUAACAAGAGGUGUGGUCACUGUCACGACGAGGACCCGUGCGCUCCGGAUAAUGGCCUAUGUCCGGGACUGUGUCAGGCAGGAUGGACUGGCCCUCAGUGUGACCAAAGGUGCCGACAAGGAUUCUACGGGCCCAGCUGCCUGUUCUCCUGCGGUCACUGUCUGACUGGCACUGCCUGCGAUACCAACAGUGGGAUCUGCUUGCAGGGCUGCACUCCCGGCUGGGAGGGCCUGUUCUGUACUCAGGAAUGCUUGCCUCACCAUCAUGGCCCCAACUGCUUGCAGACGUGUCCUCGGUGUGUGACAUCCUGCAACAGCCAGACGGGUGUCUGUGAUGGUGACGGGUGUGUAGCAGGCUUUCGAGGACAGGAGUGUGAGAAAGAGUGUGACAAAGGUUUCUAUGGCGUCAACUGCAAUGAAAGCUGUGGACUGUGCGCGAGGCAGCCAUGUGAUGUUGUCACUGGUGACUGUCCACCUGGCGACUGUCAACCAGGAUGGCGCGGACCGUCUUGCAAAACACCAUGUACACCAGGAAUGUUUGGAGAGAACUGCUCUAGGGUCUGUGGUGGUUGUAAAGACCGCGCUGCCUGUCAUCCUGAGACUGGAGUGUGCCCUGGAUCCUGUGCUGAUGGUUACUAUGGUGAAUUGUGCGCAGACAAGAACAUUUUCACCAACGCCGCAAGUCAGACGUUUGUGGUGCUGCUGGCCACUAUCCUGACCAUUACGGCCACACUGCUUGUCGGCGUGUUUGUUUGUCUGGCUCUCAAGUGGCGGCGUGACAAGGACCCUCACAACGCAUAUGACCCUCAGGAGCUCGACGCUCGACUGCCAGCGGCCCUCCCGUCACAGCUAAUCACCAGACGAUGGGUUCUUUUCAAUUGUUCUAACAACGUCUAACGCCGCCCCUCAUUUUUAAAAUUUUACUUUAACGAAGUAGUCUAGGUGAUUAGUUCUUAUGUGAAAGUCGGACAAGAGAAGGCAUUUCAACGGGUAGCCAAAACCACACAAAAAUCUUGUCCAUGUGGCAGCUUUGUACCACUUUUAUUGCCUGACAUUAUAUCAUUAAUAGAGAGCUAUGUGUUUCAUGUAUGUAUGAAUAUACGUCCAUGUAUUUUUGUUUGUGUAAAUCCAUGUCAUUGUGUGUGUGUGCUCCGGUAAUCCAGGAUUAUGUACAUCACAGAAUGUGUGUGCUUUAUCUAUCAUCCAACAAGUAACUGACAAAAAUUGAAAAGGGAAUAUGUACACAUAAUUUUUGUAUGUGUGUGCACAUGCGAACAUGCAUAUGUUAUCAACAGAAGUUUUCUUGAUGUUUCUGUCACUUUUAAAAGCAUAUGUGAAUGUACUGUCACAUAUCUAUUAUUAGCUAAGCCGUCCUUUAGCCUGAGACCAUUUUGUAUUCACAGCAAACUGUGCUCGCCAUAGAGCAAACUUUUAAUGUGACAAGCACAUUAAAACAGUACAUGUAUAAGUAAUCCUAUAUACAUCAUAUAUGUGUAAAUAUAUAUAGUCAUCCAUUUCACGUUGUACACAUAUUAAGGAAUCUAAACAUGUCAAAAUAAUUACUUGGCAUGUUCACUGCAGAUGUAUCUUAAUUUUGUUUAUCAGCUUUUUUACUUUAGGCAACAUGUAUGCUAUAAUGCACAAGUCUGUCCCUUGUCGGUGAUGGCAUGCAACAAAACUCCACUAUUACUUCUUGCAGUUUUUGUGAAAAAAAAAACUGUUCUUGUUUACAGCUACAAUAAAUGUGUGCUGAGGUUUACUCCACGCUGGCAAUAAAAGUGACUGCAAUAAAAUCUUGUUUUACAACCAAUCA